AUGGAGGACCGUGUGAUCAUUCAUGCGUACCGGCAUUUGUUUCAAAAGGGACUGCAGGCCGUGCGCCAUGCUCCUCCCGCACGCAAUGUGCUGCGUGGUCAACUAAGAUCGUCGUUUCGCUCUGGGGAUAGGAGCGACUUCGAUCCAGAGAAGAUCGCGCGCACGCUGGAGUUUCUGGAUCGUGCGGCAGAGUCUAACAGCUACGAGCAUAAGAUUAUCAAAAACCUGCUACAUGUCAGAUAUUUUGAACAACCAAGCAUGAGGAAGUCGGACAUAAUAUACUCGCUUGCCACUCUAUGCACAAUCAAACACUAUACUCGUACCUGUGCUAUUCUAUCGUACUGCCUGAAUGCCCUGAUGAGCGACUACAUUUCAUCUCUCCUGAUCGAGCCCAUAGUCAGACACGCUCGCCGCCUCUCCCCUCACUCCGCCGAGUCUCCCGAAGUGGUGGUGCCCACUGCCUCAGGCAAUCAUGACCUCGAGCCAGACUUUCCGGACACUUCACUACAGAAGAUCAACAGUCAUGACUCUCCGCCAGUAGCUCUGCCGACUUUUUUGGACACAGACUUAGAGUGCACUCGAAGGCGUCUGGUGGCAUGUAGGCCCAGUGCCGACGACGACCUGAGAGGGACAAUGGACGAUUCCGACAGUGAAAAACCCGGCGACAGCGAAGACAGCCAAAUACUUCAAUCCCAUCAAGUGGCGAGCACGUACUCACGCCAAAAUACCGAGGAAGUAUCGGCACCCGCCAUAGCAACUGCUACCAGCGAUGCGGUCAGUGGUAGACACGACGACAACCUUCCCCUCCGUGAACUCCCCGAAGACGAUGGAAUGACGGAAUUGCGAACAAAGAUCCACGCGAUCAGAGACAAUGAUGCUAGCGGAAUUCAAAAAGCCCGUUUAAUCCACUCUCUAAUGAUCGAGAGCUACCAAGCUGCCCGGAAAACUUUCAGUGAACGACAGAUUCCAUCACAAUCUCCAUCUAGCGUCCGGAGUCGAGAGCACUCUCCGAUUUCAUCAUCGUCACCGAGAACACGGCGCUCCAUCGAUAGGCUUUCUCUUGAUUCGUCGGAACAGAGAACAGCUACACCUGACAGAAUCUACUAUAAUCUCUCGCCAGAGGACCUACAGCCAACUUUCGCGCCAAAGGAUGUUGACUCUGGCGAGCCUCCGGCUGCUGGUUCUGGGCCAACAACUGAAGCUGAUGAUAACAUCAGUAAUGACGAUUACUCGGACGAAGAUAUACUGGUUCUAGGCUGUCAACAUUAUAAGCGUAAUGUCAAGUUACAAUGCUACACAUGCAAAAAAUGGUAUACAUGUCGGUUUUGCCACGAUGAAACUGAGGAUCAUGCUCUUGAACGUCGAAAGACAGAGAAUAUGCUCUGCAUGCUUUGUGGAGUGCCUCAGCCAGCAGCGCAAUGGUGCAAGGAAUGUGUUCGAAAAGCAUAUAUCAUUGCCAUGAUUGUGGCAUUUGCCGUAUUGGACAAGGAAUUGGGAAGGAUUUUUAUCACUGCAAGGUGCGGGCACAGCAUUCACCAGAAGUGUUAUGACGAGUUCUCGAAGAACUCGUACAAAUGUCCGAUUUGCAGCAAGAGCAUCAUGAACAUGGAAGCGCGUUUUAGGAACCUGGAUCGCACAAUUGAAAGCCAACCAAUGCCCAUCGAAUUCGAAGAUACCCGGGCUUUGGUCUAUUGUAAUGAUUGCGGUGCAAAGUCAGACGUACCGUAUCAUUGGCUUGGCCUGAAGUGCGAUUUAUGUGAAUCAUACAACACAGCACAGCUUCGUCUUUUGAGUGGUGCUGACGAUAUGAACGAGCCAGACUUGAUAUCAAGACCCCGGGUUGUUCCAAUCUCCAUUCCCGACCAUUCUUAUGAACCUUUAUCUGCCACUAGUCUGGUAAAUGAAGCAAUCGCGGAGCCGGAGUUACGCUGGCGGCCAUCCACUGCCACUUCAGCUGAUGGACGCCCUAUUGCAUCUCGACAACGUGCAGUGUCACCCACUGUUGGCAAUUAUUUCGAGCUAUCCAGAGACACCACCUGGGCCGCGUCUAUCUUUUCUAGACGUCGAAGUGAGGGUGGAAAUGAGGAUGAGGAGCCUGGGUUCUGGGCUACGUCGCCUCUGCGGAAAUACACAUUUUUCGGCAGCCAUGACGGAUCAAGUGGUGAUGAAAGCGAAAGUGACUUCGGUAGCGUUACUACCGAAGAGCUAGAAGACGAUGACGACCUUGGUUUAGAAGAAGACGACGAAGAUGAGAUAGAUCCCAUCGAGAUAUUCGGCCAUCGCUGA